AUGAGCGCAAUUCGCAAUAACAACGCCGUGCUACCCAUAGGUACCCAAGCGCGCUACGUCCACGACCUCUUCCUCACCUACAGCCGCAUCAAUCGCCCCUGCCGGCCGAAUGCAGAUAUCAAGGCAGGGAAGGAGUUGACAACCACGUAUAUGUUAAAUAUAAGGAGCGAGAAGCAGAGACAGGAGCAGUUGCAGGAGGGGUGCGGUUUUAAGCGACCUUCGCCCCCCCUCCCCACAACUCCCCAGACUGCUAUCGGCUAG